AUUUAUUAUAUUUUCAUAUAACAAUACUCAGACUUAGAUAGAGAAUAACUUUAAUCAAUUUUCCGCACAAGUUAAAACGGUCCCACACAUCUUUUCCGUAAAACACUCAUCUAACGUGUUUUAAUAUGUAAUUUGUAAUCAUGGUUCGUACUCAUCUAUUGUCACUUCCAUCAGAGUGUGAUGUCUUUGAGUUUAGUCAGUCUCAUUUAGAUUUUCUGGGUCCAAAUUUUGAAAAUUUUUUUCCUCAAAUACUCCCUGUUAUUUUUUCUCCAAAUUUUGUCAAGAGCGCGACCGUCCUCUAUCCCUACCAGGAGACCCCUUUCGCUAAUGCCUUCAGAGAGAAACUUUUUAAUUCUAGGGACACAUGCUUUGUUGCAUCGAACAUUACUCUUGAAUCUUUGGUCAAUCUGGACUUUAUUGUAAAUUAUUUGGUUCCUAAAAGACUGUCAAUUUUAAAUAUAUAUUAUAAUUAUAAAUCAAAGAUCAAUUUUGUGAUAAAUUCCAAAGGGGUGUUAACACUCAAUCUUGAUUUGGAGGUUUUUAGAACUUUGGGAUUAUCAAACUGUAAUAUAGUACAUCGCAAUGAAGACCAGUCUGUUACUUUGGAAAUAAAUCUACUCGACACAUCAUAUUUGAAACCUCAAUCUAGGCUUUACGACCGGUUACUAACUAAUUUAUCAAAGAUAACACCCGUCACUGUGAUCAUUUCAUCAGAGAUCUUCAACUCUCUAGACUUGACAGAGCUUAGAGCAUGGCUGAAACCAGGUGAUCAGGUCACUAUUUCACCUUGUUAUACUAAAUUUGAGCAUUUUAAGUUUCCUGUGAAUUCCAAAGAAUACUCGGUUAAUUUCUUUAAUGAAAACAUCAAGAAGUUAGUUCAGGAACAGAACCUCGAAGUACAUGGAACAUCAGAAAAGCGGCACAAAACUGAGACAAACAGUGAUGAUUUGGAGCAUAGAUAUGAGAAGAUGGAAAGUCAGAGAGAGAUUUUGGUAAAGAUAUUUAACACAUUGAAGAAAAAACCGAUAAAAAAUAAGCAAGUGAUCAAGGACAUGAUCCACGAAUUGAAUAAGAAGAAUUUAAAUGAAUUUUCCGAGAAGAAAACUCCAAUACACAACCUUUUAUCUUUCAUAGAUCAUAUAAACCUCGAGAGUCUUAAAGUUGGCUCGUGUAAUAUAUCUAAUUUAAACGGGCACGAUCCGGGAAAUGCAGUUGAUAACUCGGAAACAUACGAGUUGUUGAAAUUAAAUAAUGGUAUAAUAUCCAAUGAGUACACAUUUAAUCUUUUAAAGGAGGCGUGGGUAUUGCUGAAGGAAGUAGGACUCGUAAUAAUGUCAUUGUAUUUUGUAAACGGGACGAAGCUUGGCUGUGAUUCACUUUCAAAAGUUGGACCCAAGUUGGGUGGCUUCCUACACAUUAUCCUCAGUAAACCGAAAAAUGAAAAUAAAGUUGUGGCUGUAAUUUGUAGAUUUAACUAAUUUUUAAAAUUUAAUGUUCUCAUUACAUUA